AUAGAUGCGUCUUCGUUUUACAGAAAAGGAUGGUAGUGGGUGGUGUCAGAGUUCAACGUUUUCUGAGUUCACUCGCUUUUUCUCGCUCCAAUCCUUCCUUCUCUCUGCGAGCAUUUUCCGCCAUGGCCGAAGAAUUUGUGAAGGGAACUCUUCAUCAAAACGGCGUCGCUGUCAUCACUCUCAAUCGCCCCAAAGCUCUCAACGCCAUGAACCUAGAUAUGGAUUUAAAGUAUAAAAGUUAUCUUGAUGAAUGGGAAUCGGACCCAAGUGUCAAAUGUGUACUGGUUGAUAGCAGCUCGUCUCGUGCCUUUUGUGCCGGUAUGGAUAUUAAAGGGGUUGUAGCUGAAAUACAACAGGACAAAAGUGGUGAUGUGAAGCAGAUAACCAUCAAAAACCAUCUAUCAGAUAUGAUUGAGGUCUUUACUGCUGAGUAUUCUUUGAUAUGCAAAAUUUCCGAUUACAAGAAGCCAUAUAUAAGCUUCAUGGAUGGAAUAACAAUGGGUUUUGGAAUUGGUUUAUCUGGUCAUGGCCGCUAUCGCAUCAUAACAGAGAGAACUGUUCUUGCAAUGCCAGAAAAUGGAAUUGGUUUGUUCCCAGAUGUAGGUUUUGCUUAUAUAGCGGCUCAAAGUCCAGGGGAAGGAUCUGUUGGUGCGUAUCUUGGAUUGACUGGAAAGAGGAUUUCUACUCCUUCAGAUGCAAUAUAUGUUGGCCUUGGAACACAUUAUGUGCCAUCUGGGAAGUUAGGUUCAUUCAAGGAGGCCCUUUUGGCAACGAACUUUUCCCAGGAUCCACAUCAGGAUAUCAAAGUACUUUUAGCAAGAUAUGAGUCCAACCCUGAGUCUGAGGCGCAGUUGAAAUUGCUUUUACCUCAGAUAAUUUCUUCAUUUGGAGGAAAUAAAUCAGUCACUGAAAUCAUUAAGGAGCUAAAAGAGCACCAAUCAAGCACUGAUCCUAAUGUUGUGGAGUGGGCCAAUGAAGCUAUCCAAGGCCUUGGAAAAGGUGCUCCCUUUUCCCUUUUCUUGACCAACAAGCAUUUCUCUGAUGUUACUUCUGCGGUGGCGCAGAAUGACAGUGAACUAUCCACGCUUAGUGGUGUAAUGAAAACUGAGUAUCGCAUUGCCUUGAGGUCUUCAUUGCGACAUGAUUUUUCAGAAGGUGUCCGAGCAGUGCUGGUGGACAAGGAUCAGAAUCCAAAAUGGGAACCAUCAAGCUUGGAGGAAGUUGAUCCGAGUGCAGUGGAAGCCGUCUUUGAGCCAUUAGAACCAGAGGUUGAGGAGUUGAGAGUGUAAUUUUAGAAGGAAAAUGUACUCUUUUCACAUCUUCAAAUACAUUACAGAAUUGUAGGCACUGCAUAAAAUAAACAGAUGGUGUUUCAUUGGGUCUGGGUUCCAAGUCCAGGUCCAGCGUGUUGCUUGUACUGUUCACCAUAUGGUGUUCUUGGAAUGUCAAAGGACGAUGUUGCAUCUAUUAUACCCACUACUCUUAAGAAAAUCUUCUAUCUUCUACUCUAACAAAACAAGGUUCUGCUCAA